AGAUUAUUAGCUCUCGCGGGGGACAACGACGUAAAACCAGAGCUCCACGGAGACGAUUGUUCUUCUCCCUCUAUCCAUUUGUCCUUCACUCCUCCUUCCGUCACGGUCCUUACGUUUCACAUUCUUCCCUGCCGGAGCUCGAAGAACGGAAAAAAAUGGAUGGGCACAAUGGAGACGAUCAGAAACAAAGCACUGCUGAUAUGACUGCUUUUGUGCAAAAUCUUCUUCAGCAGAUGCAAUCAAGGUUUCAGACGAUGUCCGACUCCAUCAUCUCUAAGAUUGAUGAUAUGGGCUCAAAGAUAGACGAGUUGGAGCAGAACAUUCAAGAACUCCGAACCGAGAUGGGCAUAGAAGGCUCUCCAUCUCCUUCCCCUCUGAAACCGAAGUCAGAGCCAAAAUCUGCUGAUGGUUCUGCUUAGGUCAGUGAUGACAUUCUGUACUGGGUUGGAGUUUACAGCAUCAAUGCGAUGUUUCACUGUUUUUUGCUUGGGUGUGCAUGUGGGUGAGAUGGAAAAUGAAAUAUACGAGGGAUUUAUAGCUAGAGAGAUACCCUGUCUCUCAUUCUAUCCAUGAACCUGAUUUCAUGAAGAGUUUAUGAAGAACUGGCACCAUCUUUUACAUGGUUUCUGUUAUUCGGUGUGUGAAUCAAUGAGGGAAUUAUACGA